AUGUCUCAUUUAAAUAAACCUUCAACUCAUAAGACUCAUAAGAAAGAUCCAACAUUAUUAGAAAUAUUAAAUCAUGAUCCUUGGUUAAAUCAAUUGGAUUCUUAUAAUCCUAAAAUUAGAUCAAAAUUAAUUACAUUACAAUUAAUUAAUCAAAAUUUCCAUUCAAUUUCAAGAUCUUUUAUAAACAAACAAACUGCUCAUAAAAUAUAUCAAAUAAUAUAUUCAAAAUCUCAAUAUUCAACCCCUCAAAAUAUAAAUAAAUAUAAUUAUCAAAUUUUAAAUCAAGCACAAUUUGGUAAAUUUAUUAAAAUUUUAUUUCCAAAUGUUGUUACUAAAAGAUUAGGUUCAAGAAUAAAUUCUCUUUAUGUUUAUUAUGGUAUAACAACAAAACCUCAUUUAAAUCAAUUAGUUUCAUCAAUUGAACAGAUUUCUCCAGUACCACAACCUCCUCCACCAAACACAAUACAAGAAAAUCAAUUCAAAUUUGAAAUACCAACAACUCCAAGAUCAAUAACUCCAAUAUCACAAGAUCCUAAACCUCAGAAUAUUAUAUUACCAGAUGUUCUAUUUGCAUAUUUACAAGAUUUACCAAUAUCAAAUCCCAUAUUAAUACGAUGUGAUUCAUUAUUAUUAAAUUUUAAAAAUUUUAAUUUGAUACAAAUGAAUAAAGAUUGGUUUGAAUUUGAAUUUGAAAUUAAUAAUAUUUUCAAAGUUUAUGAUGGAUUUAAUUUUAAAUUAAUGGAAAUUUUCAAUACUGGAUUUAAUUUAAAUCCUAUGGAAUUAGGUUUAGAAUUUAAUGAAUUAAUAAAUCCAUUAAAAUUAAAUAUCUUGAUAUUAUUAUUAAAUUUAUAUAAAUCUCAACAAAAACAACAAGGAUAUUUAAAUUAUUUAGAAUUUCAAUUCAAAACAAAUGAAAUAUUAAUUUUAUUUACAAAAAAUAAAAAAAUUACAUUUGGAAAUUUUUGGAUAUUAAAAUGUUAUUUAGAUGAAUUUUAUAAUUGGUUAAUUAAAAAUAUAUAA